UCCCUGUCAGUGCUCCCGGGGCGCGAUGGCGGCGGCGACGGUGCAGUGCCCCGUGUGCUUGCAGGCGCUGCCCGCCGCGGCCAUCAACGCGCACCUGGACCGCUGCCUGCAGCUGCCCGACGCCAAGCGCCCUCGGAACGACCCCGAGCCCGACCCCGACGCCCUCGGACCCGGAUCCCCGCCGGCCUGGGAGGAGGACGAGGCCGAGGAAGCGCAGGCCGAGGAGCCCCAGGCCCAGCCCGGCCGCCCCCCGUGGCCCCCCGAGCUCCGGCAGCGGCUGGAGGCCCGGCCCCUGGCCGACGCCAUGCGGCCCGACUCCCUGCGCGACUACCGGGGCCAGGACCGGGCUCUGGGCCGCGACACGCUGCUGCGAUCGCUGCUCGAGGCCCACGACGUGCCCUCGCUGCUGCUCUGGGGGCCGCCCGGCUGCGGCAAGACCACCCUGGCGCACAUCAUUGCCCAGAACAGCAAGAAGCAGAACGUAAGGUUCGUGACGCUGUCGGCCACCAGUGCCAAGACCAAUGACGUGCGGGACGUCAUCCAGAAGGCCCAGAAUGAGAAGAGCUUCUUCAAGAGGAAAACCAUCCUCUUCAUCGACGAGAUUCACCGCUUCAAUAAGUCUCAGCAGGACACCUUCCUGCCGCACGUGGAAUGCGGGACGAUCACGCUGAUCGGGGCCACCACCGAGAACCCCUCCUUCCAAGUCAACGCCGCGCUGCUGAGCCGCUGCCGUGUCGUGGUCCUGGACAAGCUGCCGGUGGAGGCGAUGGUGGCAAUUCUCCUGCGUGCCGUCACCUCGCUGGGCCUCCAGGUCCUGGACUCUAGCCGGCCCACCGACCCUCUGGGCCAGGGGAGCAACAGCAGUGCCGAGGCGUCGGUGUUCAUUGAGGACAAGGCACUGGACACUCUGGCCCACCUCAGCGAUGGCGACGCGCGGGCCGCCCUCAAUGGGCUGCAAAUGGCCGUGCUGGCCCAGCUGAGCGACAGGAAGCCAGUGGGGAAGGAGAGCGGGCAGGAGAGUGCCCUCGGCCGGCUGCUGGUCACCGAGCAGGACGUGAAGGAAGGUCUGCAGCGCUCCCAUAUCCUGUAUGACCGUGCAGGGGAGGAGCACUACAACUGCAUCUCUGCGCUGCACAAGUCCAUGCGGGGCUCGGACCCGAGCGCCUCCCUCUACUGGCUGGGCCGCAUGCUGGAGGGCGGUGAGGACCCGCUCUAUGUGGCCCGCAGGCUGGUGCGGUUCGCCAGUGAGGAUGUCGGUCUGGCCGACCCAUCUGCGCUCACACAAGCUGUCGCCGCCUACCAAGGCUGCCACUUCAUCGGCAUGCCCGAGUGUGAGGUGCUCCUGGCGCAGUGCGUGGUGUACCUGGCCCGGGCCCCCAAAUCCGUGGAGGUGUACAGCGCCUACAACAGGGUCAAGGCGUGUCUGCGCAGCCACCCCGGACCCCUGCCACCCGUCCCCCUGCACCUGCGCAACGCGCCCACGCGGCUGAUGAAGGAGCUGGGCUACGGGCGGGGCUACAAGUACAACCCGGCCUACAGCGAGCCCGUGGUCCAGGACUACCUGCCUGAAGAGCUGCAGGGUGUCGACUUCUUCCAGCCGCACCCCAGCUGACCAGCUGCCCACCCGCUCGCUCACCCACCCUUCUGCUGUCCCCCAACCUGGAGCUGCUCUUUCUCCUCCUGUUUGAGUCACGCGUCACUUUCGGAUUGGGUCCCCCAGGGCCUCCUGUUCCUUUAAUGAAUGUACAUCCCGAGGGCUAGCUGCUGUUGGUUAGAAUGACAUUGUUGUGAUUUAUAUACCGCAUAGUGUUUGGGGUGUUUUCUUUUAUAUGCAAAGGUCUUAUGAGCCAAUAAAACUAUUUCAAAGUA